AUGGAACUAAAAAUAAAACCAUACCAGUCACAAACUUUAUCAUUGCAAAACGAGUCUCUUCUUCUUUCGCUGGGACCGGACGUCGCAUAUGACUCCGUUAACCUGAAUUUGUACAUCCGGCUCAAGGUGGACAUGUUCAUAUCUAUCUAUCUAUCUAAGUCUGUUCCCAUCUAUCUAUCUAUCUAUCUAUCUAUCUAUCUAUCUAUCUUAGUCUGUUCAUAUCUAUCUAUCUAUCUAUCUAUCUAUCUCAAUUUGUUCAAACCUAUCUAUCUAUCUAUCUAUCUAUCUAUCUAUACGCCAGCUUGCGCCUCUCCUCCCUCUCCUCCUCCUCCUCCGCCGGCACGCAAGGCGCGCGAUCGCCUCAGCGCCGCCCCCCCACCCACUCUCAGACCGAUGCCCAUUUUCCGAAGGAAAUGUACAAUUAUCUAUAACGGUCUAUAUCUAUCUCACUCUAACGCAGCUAUAAUUACUUGUCCAAAUUUAUCUAUCUAUCUAUCUAUCUAUCUAUCUAUCUAUCUAUCUAUCAUUACUUGUCCAAAUCUUAUCUAUCUAUCAUUACUUGUCCAAAUCUAUCUAUCUAUCUAUCUAUCUAUCUAUCUAUCUAUCUAUCUAUCUAUCUAUCAUUACUUGACCAAAUCUAUCUAUCUAUCUAUCUAUCUAUCUAUCUAUCUAUCUAUCUAUCUAUCUAUCUAUUAUUGUCCAAAUCUAUCUAUCUAUCUAUCUAUCUAUCUAUCUAUCUAUCUAUCUAUCUAUCUAUCUAUCUAUCAUUACUUGUCUAAAUCUAUCUAUCAUUACUUGUUUAAAUCUAUCUAUCUAUCUAUCUAUCUAUCUAUCUAUCUAUCUAUCUAUAUAUAUAUAUAUAUAUAUAUAUAUAUAUAUAUUCUUUUGCUCAUUUCUAAUAUCUCAUUGAUUGUUCCUUCUAAAUGA